UUAAAUGAAUAUUUAGAUUUGAGACAAAAAGAUUCAUUACUAUAUAAAGAACAAAGUAUUUUUGAUAAAAAUAAAUUAAAUGACUCCCAAAAAUCAACUCAAAGAACACUAAGUUUAUCAAGAGUAAAUCAUACUGUAGUUAGAAAGUUUCCUGGACCAGCAGGGCUAUUAUUUAAAGAUAAUGAUGAAUGUGAACAGAGGGAUAGAAAUUAUGUAGAUGAAAGUAAUAAGAAUAUUUCUACUAUUGUUUGUUCUCAAAAUACUAAAAAUCUCUUUCAUACAGGAGCUUGGCAAUUAAUGAUGGAUGAUAUGCCAAGUAAUUGUGAAUUAUUCAAUAUUGCAAAUAUUAAAGACAAAGCUAUAGAAUUUAGCAAAAUUUUAAAAAAAAUUCCUUAUUUAGCUGGUAUUAUAGAAUACAUCAAUUAUAAACCAAAUAAUCCACAUAUUAUUAUUAAAGAUUUAUCUGGUCAAAUUGAUGCUUGUAUUCAUCAUACUAUUUGUAAAAUAUAUCCUAAUAUGCUUGGUACUAAUACAGUUAUACUAUUAAAAGAUGUUAGACUUAUUGUAACUAGCAAAAAAUAUGUUUGUAUAAUUAUUUCGAUUAAAAAUUUAGUGAGCAUUUAUUCUGAUCACUUAAGAUUAGUUCAAACAAAUUUAUUGUAA